GCUGUCGUUUCAGUGCACACGUGCUCGCGAGGACACCGUAGCAAAACCUUAAGAUCCAUCACGUGUCUUCACUCAAUUCACGGACUUGCUUGGUCAGUAUAUUACACAGACCUCAAAAGAAGCAGAAGAAAGCAACCUUUGUCUCUCAUUCUCUUUCUUGGACUCCUGUAAUUGAAAGUUGAAAAAGCCACGAUGCAUCCGAUAAAUGCGGUUUUGGCGGCGAGGAUGCUAUUUAACACGGCGGCCUCGGUCAGUGAAUCCGUCGGAGAAGGGAUUCCGUUCGGAUCUCCAUGGUGGUUUAUCUACGCCGGGAUUUCUUGUUUUUUAGUACUUUUCGCGGGGAUGAUGUCGGGUCUCACCCUCGGACUGAUGUCGCUUGGUCUCGUCGAACUCGAAAUUCUUCAACGGAGCGGCACUUCCACCGAGAAAAAACAAGCAGCUGCUAUUUUGCCGGUAGUUCAAAAACAGCAUCAGCUUUUGGUGACUUUGCUUCUUUGCAAUGCUGCUGCUAUGGAGGCCCUCCCUAUAUACUUGGAUAAGCUUUUCAAUCAAUAUGUGGCUAUCAUACUUUCUGUGACUUUUGUUCUAGCUUUUGGUGAGGUUAUUCCACAAGCAAUAUGCACUAGAUAUGGACUUGCUGUAGGUGCAAACCUUGCAGGUCUUGUGUGGAUUUUAAUGAUUAUUUGCUAUCCAAUAGCUUAUCCCAUUGGAAAGGUUCUGGAUUGGGUACUGGGGCAUAAUGAAGCACUAUUUAGGCGCGCUCAACUAAAAGCCCUUGUCUCCAUCCAUAGCCAGGAGGCUGGAAAAGGAGGUGAGCUCACACAUGAUGAAACAACAAUUAUUAGUGGAGCACUAGAUUUGACUGAAAAGACUGCUGAGGAGGCUAUGACACCUAUAGAAUCAACUUUCUCUUUAGAUGUCAAUUCAAAGUUGGACUGGGAGGCAAUGGGUAAGAUCCUCGCUCGUGGUCAUAGCCGAGUCCCUGUCUACUCAGGGAAUCCCAAAAAUAUUAUUGGACUUCUGCUGGUGAAAAGCCUUCUCACUGUACGCCCUGAAACUGAGACACCUGUCAGUGCUGUUUCCAUCCGAAGAAUUCCAAGGGUUCCAGCUGAUAUGCCUCUCUAUGAUAUUCUGAAUGAGUUUCAAAAGGGCAGCAGUCAUAUGGCAGCUGUUGUGAAGGCUAAAGGAAAAAAUAAGAACCUUCCUCCAACUGUUGACGGACUGAAGUCUGAAGAAAACAAAGUCUCCAGUGCAGAUACCCAGCUGACUACUCCUCUGUUAUCUAAGCUGGAUGAGAAGCCAGAGAGCAUUGUAGUUGACGUUGAUAAGUUGUCAAGACCUACCAAUACAAGCAGGCUAGAUGCUGUAACAAAUGGAUUGUCUGUCACAUCAGAGGACAUUGAAGAUGGUGAAGUGAUUGGUAUUAUCACCCUAGAAGAUGUUUUCGAAGAAUUAUUGCAGGAGGAGAUAGUGGAUGAAACUGAUGAAUAUGUUGACGUGCAUAAAAGAAUCCGUGUUGCUGCAGCUGCAGCUGCUUCAUCAGUGGCACGUGCACCAUCGAGUAGGAGGCUAACUGGUCAGAAGGGAGUGGGGGUCCAAAGCAAAGGUCAAGCCACGAAGAAACCUGCCUAGGAUGGUUCACUCUACUAGGUUUCAAGGUACACCUGCUGAGAGAAAAAGAGAUGAAACAAGUAUAUAAUUGUUCGGAUUAAUGCCAGCGAUGAGGGGUGGGUUCAUUGACAUGAUUCCUUUGUGUCGUGAUGAUUUUUUUCCCUUGUGCAUAAUGGCUUUCUCUCUCUAUAUAUAAGGAAGAAUGUGAUUAAAACUUCCAAACAUAUUAUAUUUUUCAUUUUGGGUCAAGAAAUAUGGAAUUGAACCAUGAUUUUGUGGGGAUAGAUUUGGUUCAAAUUUUUGGUGUAACUUUCCUCUUGAAAUAAACAAUUAGUUAACUAGCCUACAGCUGGGGAAUGGAAACUAGAUUAGAUCGGGAAAACCCCAUUGAAUGCAGCUUUGUUAUCAUCUCUGUAUUUCAAUUCGUGAACUGCUUCUUCAAGCCAUAAAAUUAUCUAUUUGAAUUUUCUGCUUUGCCUGAACCAAGUUGAUGGCAGUGGUAAAA